AAAUGGAAUUAAAGCCGAAUUAAAAGUGGAAUAGGAACUGGACACCACCUACAAAGCAAAGCGGAAACAGCACAACCGACUUCAAAUUCAUCCACAAACCCAAAAGAACUCCGACCUGGCGGACCCCCCCGAUCACGCCAUCAACCUCAUUCAUUCACUACUGAAUUUAUUGAAAUUACAUAUAAUUCAAUUUUAAGAUAUUGGAUCAAAGUACGAAUUCUAAAUCGGAUUUUUAUUCAGUCGGAAAAAGAAGUACCUCUUCUUCUCCAACCAAACUGUUAAAUACGUCAUUCUCCCUCAAUUUCUUUGCAUAAAUGUAGGUUUUUAUGCAACGUUUGUGUUCAAUUCCAUCUGGGUUUUCUUGAAAUUGCAAAAUUCGAGUGAAAGUUCAGUGAUUUUUGUGCGUUUUGGAGGAGACACUCUCCUUUUGAUUUUGUUGUUCGGAAUUUGAUGCUAUGACGGCUGGGGAGCAUCGGAAUGGUAGAGAUAUCAUUUGCGACGCCGUUUCUGGUGCCUCCGCAGGUGCUAUAGCUGCCACUUUUGUGUGUCCAUUAGAUGUGAUCAAGACAAGACUCCAAGUUCACGGGCUGCCCAAAGUACCUCCCGGGCAGAAAGGUGGUGUCAUUGUCACAAGUCUACAAAACAUUAUAAGAAAAGACGGGUUAAGAGGAAUAUAUAGAGGCCUUUCACCAACAUUAGCUGCUCUACUUCCAAAUUGGGCAGUUUAUUUUGCUGUUUAUGGGCACCUCAAAGAGCUUCUUCAUUCACAUGCCGAUAGCAAUGGGCAUCUUAGCUUUGGUGCCAACAUGAUAGCUGCUUCGGGUGCUGGUGCAGCCACAUCAAUUGCCACAAAUCCUUUGUGGGUUGUCAAGACAAGAUUGCAAACACAAGGAAUGAGAGUAGGUGUGGUUCCUUAUACGGGUAUAUUAUCAGCCUUGAGAAGAAUCAUACAGGAGGAAGGCUUCCGAGGGUGGUACAGUGGGCUUUUACCUUCUCUUGCUGGAAUUAGUCAUGUUGCUAUUCAAUUUCCUGCGUAUGAGAAGUUCAAAUGUUACUUGGCACAAAGGGAUAAUACGACUACAAACAAGCUAAGCCCUGGGAAAGUUGCAGUCGCCUCUUCAAUGUCCAAAGUACUUGCGUCCCUAAUGACCUACCCACAUGAGGUGAUUAGGUCAAGGCUUCAGGAACAGGGGCAAGUAAGAAACAGUGGGACCCAUUACAAGGGUGUGGUCGAUUGUGUGAAGAAAGUUUUUCACAAAGAAGGCGUUGCGGGAUUCUACCGUGGAUGUGCGACUAAUCUUCUGAGAACGACUCCAUCGGCGGUUAUUACAUUUACAAGCUACGAGAUGAUUAGCAGGUUCUUGCAGGGUAUCAUUCCACCUCGUGAAAACCCAUCUAAAACUGGCACGUGAUAUGAUAGAUGAUGAUGAUGAUUUGAUGAAACUUGAAGGUCUGGAGAUCAUGUUAUUGAAUUGCGGGAGUCUGAAAUUGAGUCCAAUAGUAGUCCAAGAGCACUGUUAGGGGGAGUUGUUAAAUGUUGUUUCUGUGUGCUAUACUUGUCGAGUUUGAGUCUCGGCAGCCUCAUUAGGAGUUUCAGAAAAGUGUUUUUUCCCCUUGAGGAUAUUUUUAGAAAAAUAAUAGUA